GCCCCUGUUGAACUUGGCUGCCUCAACUGAACCUAACUCACAGAGUGACAGUGUAGAAGCGUCGGUGAUGAAAGAGCGAGUUCAAGAAUCUCUGUUCAAAGUGAAUGUAUGAAGAAGCAAAGACACUGAAACACAGAUCUUCAACUUCAAAAACAGUCAAUCCAUUGUUGGCGCUUCAAGCAUUUGGUUGAAUUAGUGAUAUGAUAGUUCGGGAAACUGAUGGAGGAAAGCAUCAAUAGAGGGGAAUUUCAGGCUAGUUUGGCUAAGCCUUCUUCAUUGAGGUCUGGUGGUAGUUUCAAAUCAACCCUAUCUGGAAGAUCAACUCCGCGAAAUUCUCCUUCGUUUCGGCGGCUUAAUUCCGGCAGAACACCAAGAAAAGAAGGAAGAGGUAGCGUAGGUGGUGCACUGUGGUUUAGGAGCAAUCGCUUACUUUUGUGGUUGCUUCUAAUUACCCUCUGGGCUUAUCUUGGAUUUUUUGUUCAGUCCAGGUGGGCUCAUAGUGAUAAGAAGGAGGAAUUUUCUGGCUUUGGAACUGGACUGAGAAAUCCUGACUCCGAUGCUGAACGGAUUCAGCGCCGUGAUUUGAUUGCUAGUGAUAAUUCCUUAUCUGCUAUUAAUGAGACAGUUACAAAUAAACCAGGGAUUAGUAAAACUAUAAAUGUAGCUUUGGCCAAGAAAGAAAAUGAUGUUCCAUCUCGUCGUAAAACAAGCUCAAAGAAGAGGAGCAGGCGAUCAAUACAUGCUUUGAAAGGUAAAUCGCGCGGUAAGCUGAAACCAACUACUGAAGUUAAGAACAGUGAUAUAGAGGAGCAGGAGCCAGAAAUUCCUACAACCAAUAGUACGUACGGAUUGCUUGUUGGUCCAUUUGGCUCAAUGGAGGACAGGAUUCUGGAAUGGAGUCCUCAGAAACGUUCUGGGACAUGUAACAGGAAGGGGGACUUUGCACGACUUGUUUGGUCCAGAAGAUUUAUCUUGGUAUUCCAUGAGCUUUCCAUGACUGGAGCACCCCUCUCAAUGAUGGAGUUGGCAACAGAGCUUUUGAGCUGUGGGGCUACUGUUUCAGUUGUCGUGCUUAGCAAGAAGGGUGGUUUGAUGUCAGAGCUUGGCAGGAGACGAAUCAAGGUACUUGAGGACAAAGCAGAUCUCAGUUUCAAAACUGCAAUGAAGGCUGAUCUUGUCAUUGCUGGUUCGGCUGUCUGUGCAUCUUGGAUUGAACAAUAUAUUGAACAUUUUCCUGCUGGUGCAAGCCAAAUUGCCUGGUGGAUUAUGGAAAACCGGCGAGAGUACUUUAAUCGUUCAAAGGAUGUCUUGGACAGAGUAAAGAUGUUGGUUUUUCUUUCUGAAUCACAGUCUAAACAAUGGCAAAAAUGGUGUGAAGAGGAAAGCAUAAAACUGAGAUCCCAACCAGAAAUUAUUCCAUUGUCUGUUAAUGAUGAACUGGCAUUUGUAGCUGGCAUUCCUUCAACACUUAACACUCCAUCCUUUAGUACUGAGAAAAUGGUUGAGAAAAGGCAAUUGUUGCGAGAAUCAGUUCGACAAGAAAUGGGCUUGACUGAUAAUGAUAUGCUUGUAAUGUCUCUGAGUAGCAUCAACCCUGGGAAGGGCCAGCUAUUACUUCUCGAAUCUGCAAGCUCAGUACUAGAACAAGGACAGUUGCAAGAUGAUAAGAAAAUGAAAAAAUCAUCAAAUAUAAGGGAAGGUCUAUCUACCCGAGCUAGAAGACAUCGUAUCAGAAAAUUGUUGCCAUCUUUGAAGGAGGGCAAAGUAGCUUUGAAUGAUAUCUCAAGCAAUUCUUUAAGCAGAGGGAAACAAGUGUUGCCUAACAACAAAGGAAUACUGCAGCAAUCUCUCAAAGUUCUCAUUGGUUCUGUUGGAUCUAAGAGUAACAAGGUGGAUUAUGUUAGAAGCCUUCUAAGUUUCUUAGAACAGCAUCCAAACUCCUCAAAAUCAGUCUUGUGGACUCCAGCCACAACACGGGUUGCCUCACUUUACUCUGCCGCAGAUGUUUAUGUUAUAAAUUCUCAGGGUCUGGGAGAAACAUUUGGACGGGUGACUAUAGAAGCGAUGGCGUUUGGUCUUCCGAUUCUCGGAACAGAUGCUGGGGGAACACAAGAGAUUGUUGAGCACAAUGUCACAGGUCUUCUUCAUCCUGUAGGACAUCCAGGGAAUCAUGUCCUUGCUCAGAAUCUCCGGUUUUUGCUUAAAAACCAGUUAGCAAGGAAGCAGAUGGGGGUGGAAGGAAGAAAGAAGGUGCAGAGAAUGUAUUUGAAGCAACACAUGUAUAAGAAAUUUGUAGAGGUUAUUGUCAGGUGCAUGAGAAGCAAAUAAGUGAAAGAACUGCUUGGUGCUAGCAAUGCUCCCAAUUCUUUUAUUGGAUUACAUGUUCCCGUCACUGUGAGUCUCUUUGUACCGAGUGCAAUUCUUGUGCCAAUUUAUAAGAUACCCUGCUCCUCUGUUUUCUUUUAUCAGGAAAUAAUUUUUUUUAUGCCUUUCUGAAGAGCAAUAUUCAAUCAUGUUUGAG